ACGAACUGCUUUACGACAGAGUUGGAGGCUUAUUCAAAAUGGAGUCCAGCUGUGGAAACGUAACCUACUAAACGCAGUUGUAUCCUAUCUUAAUCACAAGUGUGUGGAAGUGCGUGUAAAGAGUUCAUGUAGACAAGACAUUACGUGGCGCUACAUGAUGACUGAAGACAAAAAGACCGGCUCUUUAGGUUUCUUUUCGAGCUACGACGAUUUGAGCGACAGCAGCGAUUCAGACGAAGAGGCGAGAGGCGGCCAGGGAGAGAGGAGCCAGAAGCCCGAGAAAGACACUCAGGGAAGCGAACCUGACUCUUCCCGCUCAGGCAGCAAACGGUCUGCCGGUGGAAGUGUUCUACCGAGGCCAGAUGAGCUCUUCAGCUCGGUAUCCAAACCGACUUUCCUGUACAACCCUCUGAACAAGGAGAUCGACUGGGAUAGCCUGACAGUUAAAGCACCCGAAGAGGCUCCCAAGGAGUUUAAGCCAUGGGUCACAAAUGCUGUGCCACCUCCCCAAACGUACACAGCAGCAGAGCCUGAGAAGAAGAAGGGCCCCCCUCCUGGCAUGGACAUGGCUAUAAAGUGGUCCAAUGUGUAUGAGGACAAUGGCGAAGAUGCACCAAAGGGUCACGCAGGCAAAGCCAAGUUCCUCCCUCCUGAGGAGCAGCUUAUUGACUCAGAUGAGGAGUCCAAGACGUCUGCUGUGUCCAUCAAAACACGUCGAGUGGAGAGCUUUCAACAGAAGGAGAAGAGGAAGAGAGACUUAGGACAAGCCACCUCUGACAAGAAUUUUGUUGAAGAGGAGAAAAGGAUCCUCAGACAGAAGAUUGAGUGAAGUCUAAAGUGGCCGCAAAAUGAAAUCAGUGUCAUAUUUGAACAUUUUACAUCAGCAAAGAGCAUUAGCACAACCUACUCAGGUAGGUAGCUGGACUUCGUGUGUAUCUUUUCAGUUUGUUGUUUUUUGUCUGUAUGGUACACAAUAUUCAAAACUAGCAGAAACUGUUUGGAUCCAGACUCACGGACUAGAUUAAGAAUUUAUGCCACACAAAAAGGCUGAUUUUUCAACACAAACAUUUUCCAGAUGAUACUUUUUUUGUGUGUUAUUUUUGGGGUGGUCAGAAAUAGAGAAAUAGGAUGGCACUUAAUGAAAAUGAAGGCUUAACGCAAUCAUAAUAAAUUAGUAUUUAGUUCUCUUUCUUGCUCAAUGAUUUCUCUGCAACGAGCCAAGAUUAUUUUUUUAUAACACAUACUAUAGUGUAGAGAUGUACUUUAUGGAUAUUUUUCAUUUGUGACGCGUUGCGCUCAAUUUCUGUCAGUCAUAUUGUGUUGUCAUAGUAACUUUCUAAUUAUAGACCUGUGCUGUCUACCUUUGGCACUAGGUGGCGCAUUUUUGCCACUCAACAAUCCACUGCCUUGGCGUUAGAAGUCUUGACACUACCAUGCAGUUACAAGUCGAUGUAAGGUAGUUCUCAUCUUGGAUAUUUUACAACUAUAAUACUGUCUGUUCAAUGUUUUUCUUUCGUUUGCACAAUAAAUUUGUGCAAAAGAAAUAAAGUGUGAAAUAAUGAAAAUAUUAUUAUUAUUGUGUGUGAUACAAAAAACCCUACAAUCCAUCUUGGUGUUAAAGUUUGUCAAUGAAUGGCUACUUGUCAAUAAACCAAAUGUGUUUUACUGGUUAAACAUUUCAUGCAGAAGAAGAAUAAAAAUGUCUCCACUUAGGAA